AUGAAUCCGACAUUUUCAUCCCUCAAGCUCAAGCAAAUGUCUCCAUUGAUGAAUCAAUGUGCUAAUGCUCUCAUGGUAAAAAUGUCUGAACAAUAUAGACAAGAUCAACCAUUCGAUAUCUUGCCACUUUUUAAACGCUUCACAAUGGAUAUAAUUUGGUCAUGUAUAUUUGGUCUUCAUAGUGAUAUGCAGAAUAAUCCCAAUGAUCCAUACCUUGUACACUCACAACGAUUGUUCGAUGAAGAGAAUUCUGUGACUAAGCUAAUGAUCCUGAAUAUAUUCGUUCCUGAAUUUAAAUGGCUCUGGAAUAAACUAUUUCGAUGUGAUAGUGCUAUUCGACAUUGGCUUUGUCAUUAUUUUCCAAUGACACAAAAGUUUAUCAGCGAUGAACCAGCAACGUGGAUCGAAAAACAAGCAGGAAAACUGAUAAAAAAACGUCUAGAAUCGGUGGCCGCUGGCUAUGAAACGACAAGUACAGCACUUGCCUAUAUUUCGUAUGUUCUCGCGACUCAUCCAAAAGAGCAACAAAAAUUACAAGAGCAUAUCGAUGCUUAUUUCGAUUCAAGCAUCAAACACGAACCGACGAGCUAUGAAACAAUUGCAGAAAUGGAUUAUUUGGAUAGUUUCAUUCGGGAAACACUACGGAUGUAUCCCAUCACACCAAGUAUUGUUAAUCGGCAGAGCACUCACGAAUUUUACAUCGGCAAAAUAGGUACUAUUCCGAUCGGUACUAUUAUCAGUGCUAAUACUCACAGUUUACAUUAUAAUUCUACGCUUUGGGGUCCAGUUGACCCGUAUGUUUUCUACCCAGAACGAUUUGCUACCAAACGACAUCCACUUGCAUGGAUUCCAUUCGGUGUUGGACCACGAAACUGUGUUGCAAUGAGAUUUGCACUCAUGGAAAUUAAAAUAGCAGUCGUUCGAAUUUGUAAAAUUUAUUCAAUUGUUGACUGUGGCGAACAAACAUCUCAGUCAAUGAAAGAAAUUCAAGAAUUUACGGCUAUUGCACCUAAAAAUCUCAUCAUUCGAUUGCAUUGUCGAGGACAAAAAACAUUAUGA